ACUCUGUCCUUCACCCAAACCUCUCUCUCCUUACUUUUCAUUGAUUCUCAAACAUCAAGACAAAAAACACUGAAACCAAAACACCUCAUUCUUCAUGUGCCCUCUCUCUGUCUCUCUUGAUUAGUUAUUUAAUACGUUAAAGAGCAACAAACUUUUACAACACCCAAAAAAUAUAUAUAUCCAUUCUAUAUUUCUCUACUGUCACUGCUCUGCUACAUAUACUACUUAGCAGCUACUUAGUUAACUAGCUAGAACUAAAAGUUUCAUAAAGAACAAAAAAAAAAAGAAAUGGAUUUAGAGAGAGGAAAAACAGUAGAAAAUUCCAACAAGAAAAACAAUAAUAAUAAUAAUGGAGAUCAAGCUGCGAUAACUGAAGCAGCUACUACUGUUGAUUGGCGAGGCAGACCCUCCAAUCUCAGUAAACAUGGUGGGAUGAGAGCAGCAGUCUUUGUUCUUGGGCUACAAGCGUUUGAGAUAAUGGCAAUAGCAGCAGUGGGGAACAACUUGAUAACGUACGUGAUAAAUGAGAUGCACUUCCCGCUUUCAAAGGCAGCAAAUAUAGUAACCAAUUUCAUUGGCACCAUUUUCCUUCUGUCUCUUUUUGGUGGUUAUCUCUCCGAUUCUUAUCUUGGCAGUUUUUGGACCAUGCUCAUCUUUGGCUUCGUUGAACUUUCUGGAUUCAUCCUUUUGUCAGUACAAGCACAUCUACCGCAGCUAAAGCCAGAAAAGUGCAACAUGCUUGCACAAGACAAGAGUGGACAAGUAUGCGAAGAAGCAAAGGGAAUAAGGGCUUUAAUAUUCUUUGUAGCACUCUACUUAGUAGCAUUAGGGAGCGGAUGUGUGAAGCCUAAUAUGAUUGCUCACGGAGGUGAUCAGUUCAGUUCCAAGCAAUCUACGCAACUCUCUACUUACUUCAAUGCCGCUUAUUUUGCCUUCUCCGUCGGUGAACUCGUCGCUCUCACCGUCCUCGUUUGGGUUCAGACUCAUUCCGGCAUGGACAUCGGCUUCGGAAUCUCGGCUGCUGUUAUGGCUAUGGGCUUAAUCUGCUUGGUUUCUGGUACUCUAGUUUACAAGAACAAGAGACCUCGUGGAAGUAUUUUCACUCCUAUUGCUCAGGUAUUUGUGGCCGCAUUUUUGAAAAGAAAGAAAGUUUGUCCAUCAGAUGUGAAGGAGCUUCAUGGAAGUGGUACCAACCUUCACUAUACCAGUUUCAAUGCAUCUGACAAUCUCAUACAUACUCAAAGAUUCAGUUUCUUGGACAAGGCAUGCAUCAAAACACAAGAAGGAACAAACAACUACAAAUCAGGAGGAGGAUGGAGAUUAUGCACAGUAACUCAAGUAGAACAAGUGAAGAUCCUAAUCUCAGUACUUCCAAUUUUCGCAUGUACCAUAAUAUUCAACACUAUCUUAGCGCAACUUCAAACAUUUUCAGUCCAACAAGGAAGCCAAAUGAACACAAAACUAACCAAUUCUUUCAGCAUUCCACCCGCAUCUCUCCAAGCCAUCCCUUACCUUCUCCUUCUUUUCCUCGUCCCUCUCUACGACAAACUCUUCGUCCCUUUCGCUCGUAGAUUCACCGGCCAUGACUCCGGCCUCUCGCCUCUCCAACGCAUUGGGACCGGCCUCUUCAUCGCCACCUUCUCGAUGGUGGCUGCCGCCCUAAUGGAGAAACAUAGGAGAGAAACAUCAAUUCAACACCAAAAACUCCUAUCUAUCUUCUACAUAACACCACAAUUUCUCAUCUUUGGUUUGUCAGAAAUGUUAACUGCUGUAGGACUCAUUGAAUUCUUCUACAAACAGUCUUUAAAAGGGAUGCAGUCUUUUCUCACUGCAAUGACUUAUUGUUCUUACUCCUUUGGAUUCUACUUUAGCUCAGUCUUAGUGUCCCUAAUUAAUAAGGUCACUUCCUCUUCUAAGAAUGGAUGGUUGAGUGAAAAUGACCUUAACAAAGAUAGGUUGGAUCUGUUCUACUGGUUGUUGGCUGGUCUUAGUUUCCUCAAUUUCCUGAAUUACCUGUUUUGGGCAAAUUGGUACUCCUACAAUCCUUCUGUUAUAGGGAAUUCUCAGCAGCAGGCAGUUUCUCCUGAUGAUUUCAGCUCUCCCAGGAAUAGUGGGGAUGAUAAUAAUAAUAAUAAUGACAUUGCUUUGAGUUAUAAAACUUAAAACUAUAUGCUAUAAUUUUAUGAUAUGAUAUGUUAAGAUUAGCAUAUAUAUAUAUAUGUAUGUAGGUUGGUUAAUAGUGUAAUGGGAUUGAAGUGUAUUAGGAAAGAAAUAUAUUACUUGUGUACUUCAAUUUUAAUGAGCUAAUCUAAACCUUUACAAUACAAUGUUUCCUGGUAUAUUUAGCUAUCU